GGUAAGAGCAAAACCUAUCUCUGACUUCGUGUUCCUCUCCCACUAGUAUUCUAAGCCUGUUUCAUGUAGGAAUAAGAGGUGAACAGCUGCUAGAGCUGUGAUGAUGAAGGUUAAGAUGAGGCGGGUGGAUCACAAGGUCAAGAGAUCGAGACCAUCCCGGUCAACAUGGUGAAACCCCGUCUCUACUAAAAAUACAAAAAAUUAGCUGGGCAUGGUGGCGCGUGCCUGUAAUCCCAGCUGCUCAGGAGGCUGAGGCAGGAGAAUUGCCUGAACCCAGGAGGCGGAGGUUGCGGUGAGCCGAGAUUUAGCCAUUGCACUCCAGCCUGGGUAGCAAGAGCGAAACUCCGUCUCAAAAAAAAAAAAAAAGAUGAAAGGGAAAGCGAAAAAUUGUGUAAGGGUGGCUUUGUCAACUGAGAAUUUGCAUCAGAUUCAUUGUAUAAGGUCAGUUCUAAUAUAUGGGAUGGCUGACAGUAAAUUUGUAAUUACUGUAGGACCUCAGAAUGAUAUCUGGCCUCAUGGGAGCAUGUAGCCUGUGAAUAUUAUCACUAUGGUUGUGAGUAGGAGGACAGUGCCAGGAUUUCAGGUCUCUAGGAAUGCGAAUGAUCUGUAGUAUAAGCUUUGGCCGAUUUGUAAGAACAGGCAGAUGAAAAAUAUUGAAGUGCUGUUAGCAUGAAGAUAGUUGACCAUUCAACCACAGUUUACAUCUUGGCAGAUGUGAGUGACUGAAAGGAAGGCAGUUGAAGUGUCUGAUGUGUAGUACAUGGCUAAAAAUAACCCUGUAAUGAUCUAGAGGGUUAGGCAGGCACCAAGAAGUGACCCAAAAUGUCGUCAUGUAGCAAUGUUAGAUGGUGUGGGAAGGUCAUGAAUGAGUGAUUAUUAAUUUUUAUGGGUGUGUUUUGCAAGCGUUGGUCAUUCAUGUUCUUGUAAUUGAAAUACAAUGAUGAUUUUUCAUGUCAUUAGUUAUGGUUAUAGUCCAUGUAGGACUACAAUGGCAUAUACUAGGUUUUUAUUAAGUAUUAUUUUGGUUGUAGGGUUUGUAGGUUUCUCUUUGAAACUUUCUCCUAUGUACGGAGGUCUGGGACUAAUUAUUAGUGGUACUGUAGGUUGUGGUAUUGUGUUGAAUUUUGGUGGUUUUUUUUGUGGGGCCGAUAAUCUUUUUGAUUUAUUUGGGUGGCAUGAUGGUUGUUUUUGGCUAUAUUACGGCGAUGGCUACUGAGGAGUAUCCUGAAACAUUGGCUUCAAAGAGGAUAUUGUUUGGAAAACUCUGCCUCUACCGUGAAAGCUCUCUCUCUCUCUUCCCCCCCCCCCCCACAAAGAGGCUCUCCUAUCUUUACAUACCGCCCUGGCCUUCCCGCCGCCGCAGCCACCUCCCGCCACUUCUGCCUUAUCAGCACUCCCCAGCUCCCCUCCCGCCGCUUCUGCCUCAUCAGCCCUCCCCAGUUUCCCGCCGCCGGGUUUCUGCCUCAUCAGCUCUCCCCGGCUUCCCGCCGCCCGGCUUCCCGCCUAGCGGUUCAAACUGGCCAACAGUUGCCCACCACCUCAGCCCCCAACUUUUCCACUCCUCCAGCUCUUCUACCCCUAUAAAACAACCCUGCCCCUCUGAGCGGGGUGGCCAUUGUUCCUUUUCAUCCCGGCUGGCACGCCCGGAGGCUCUUUUCUCUCAAUAAAGCCUGAACUUAAGAACUUUCUUCUUGCCUGCAGUCCGGUUUUUUCCGAACGAGCUCAGUCCUCCCGCAGAGGGUAGGUCGGACAAGUGGUGCUGAAAACCCGGGACGGGAGGGGCCGUUGGCCCAGCCAUGGCCCCCCUCCCCGACCUACCCAACACUGGCCCUCCCACCAUGCUCCGAUUAAGGUAAGCCAAGUUUUUUUUUGCUUUGCCUUCCCCCGCUUCCCGUCUCCUCUUCCUAUGGCACGGUGCAGUUGCUCCCUCUCCGGCGUUCCGCACGGACUCCUUGCCUAGUCUCGGCCGAGCCAAGGUAGUCUUCCGUUCCAGCUCCAGGAGCCUUCCGAGGGACAGCCGCCAGACAGGGGACGCCCCUCUGACCGCUUCCCUUUCCGUACUUAAUUGUACUCCGGGGAAUUUGCAGCGAACGGGGACGCCUUUUCGUUGCAUCUGCCCUUCCACGCCGGAGAGUCUGUAGCUGCACCUGCCAUGGGAAAUUCGGAGUCCAAAAUACCUCUGAGCACCCCCCUUGGGUGCUUGCUGCGAAUUUUACCAAAUUGGGAUAUUCCCAAACCCUCAGAAAGAAAAAGCUUGUCUUCCUGUCUCAGGUGGCUUGGCCCCAAUACAAACUCAGUAACCAGUCACAUUGGCCCCCGACUGGCACUUUUGAUUUCAACACCCUCCGAGAUCUCGACGAUUUUUGUCGCCGCGCGGGCAAGGACAAUGAAAUUCCUUACGUCCAGGCUUUUUGGGACCUCCGUACCCACCCCGACCUAUGUUCUUCCUGCUCCACCCACCAAAUCCUCUUGGCUCGAAUCCCCCGUAAAUCUUCCUCCACUACCUCUCCCCCUCCCUACUCCUCACCAGAGGAUCUGCCUGAACAUCUGUCCUCUCCUGCCAAUCUCAGCAACCAGUCGCCAUCAACGGCACUCUCUUCCUCUGCUCCCUCUGCACCUCCUACCUCAGAGGCCAUGCCUCACUCUUCCUCCACUCCCUCCGAGCCCCCUCCCUCAGAGGCUGCACUUCCUCUUGCCUCUCCGGUGGUGGCCCACACCCGCUCUCACCGGCCAGCUAUCCUGGCCCCACUCCGAGAAGUAGCAGGCGCGGAAGGUUUAGUCAGGGUCCAUGUUCCUUUCUCACUUCAAGACCUGUCCCAAAUUGAGAGACGUUUAGGAUCCUUCUCAGCCGACCCGUCCACCUAUAUUAAGGAAUUCCAAUACCUCACUCAAGCCUACAGCCUCACUUGGCAUGAUAUUCACAUUGUCUAUUCCUCCACCUUCACAGUGGAGGAGCACGAGCGCAUCCUCGCUGCAGCCAGAAACCAAGCAGAUAAAGACCAUGCUAUAGAUAACCAGAUCCCCCUAGGCCCCAAAGCAAUCCCAGAUGAAGACCCCCAAUGGGACUAUCAGGCUAAUCGAGGGUCUGAUAUACCCAAGAGGGACCGCAUGAUUAGAUACCUCCUCAGGGGAAUGGAUGCUGUAUCUAACAAAGUUGUAAACUAUGAUAAACUGAGAGAAAUCACCCAACUACCUGAUGAGAAUCCCGCCCUCUUUCUCGCCCACUUGCAAGAAGCCCUAGUCCGGUAUACUUGGCUAGAUCCAGCCUCCCAGAACGGGGCCACUGUAUUAGCCUCCCAUUUUAUCUCCCAAUCAGCACCCGACAUAAGAAAGAAACUAAAGAAAGCAGAAGAGGGGCCAGAGACUCCCAUCCAAGACCUGGUAAAAAUGGCCUUUAAAGUAUUCAAUGCCAGGGAAGAUGCGGCUGAGGCUGCCCGCCAAACUCACAUGAAGCAGAAGGCUGCCCUCCAGACCCAAGCCCUAGUGGCGGCUCUAAGGCCGGCAGGGAACCAGAAGCCCAAGGCCGAAACCCAUGCCCCUCCGGGAGCAUGUUUCAAAUGUGGAAAGGAAGGACACUGGUCCCGAGCCUGUCCACAACCACGGCCACCAACUAAGCCUUGCCCUGUCUGUCAGCUCCCGGGACACUGGAAGUCAGACUGCCCCAGCUUCCCCAGGGUGCCGGUUCCUCAAAACAGACACACUGGCGUUAUGCAGCCGGCGGUCACCCUCGGUAGGGAGGAGCCUGCUUGCCAGGAGCCAACCUCUGAGGGAACUUCAUUCCCCAGCCUAUUAGGGCUGCUAGAUGACUAGCGGGGCCCUGGCUUACCGACUCCGGUUACCCUCGCUGAGCCAAGGGUCAAAAUUCAGGUAGCGGGUAAAAGUGUCUCAUUCUUGCUCGACACGGAGGCUACCUACUCCGCACUUCCUUCUUAUUCUGGCCGUCUCACCCCUUCCCAGGUCUCGGUCAUGGGAAUCGACGGGACCCCGAGUAUCCCCUACCAAACCCCACCACUCAUGUGCUCAUAUAACUCCACUCCCUUCACCCACUCCUUUUUAGUAAUCCCCACCUGCCCAGUUCCCCUUCUGGGGCGAGACAUCCUUUCAAAGCUGAAGGCCGUCAUAACCUUCCCCUCCGCCAACCCACGCAGUCUCUUUCUCCUAGCCCUCACCUCAGACACUGAACCCCAAAAAGCCCUGUCAGAACUACUCCCGGAAGUCCACCCUCAGGUCUGGGACAUUAACAACCCGUCUGUAGCUACACACCACCAGCCAGUUCAAGUCCGCCUUAAAGACUCCUUGCCUCAUUUUCUCUGCCGCCCCCAAUUUCCUAUCUCUAAAGCCCACCGUAUGGGUAUCCAACCCAUCAUAGAGAAACUAAAAGGUCAAGGCCUCCUAAUUCCCAUUAACUCCCCAUGUAAUACCCCCAUCCUCCCAGUACGAAAACCCUCAGGACAAUAUAGACUAGUCCAGGACUUGCGCUUAGUCAAUGAAGCUGUAAUUCCCAUACAUCCAGUUGUCCCCAACCCGUACACCAUUCUCUCUAACAUUCCCCCAGAGACCACCUGUUCUCAGUCUUAGACCUAAAGGAUGCCUUCUUUACUAUACCUCUACACCCCAACUCCUACUUUAUCUUUGCCUUCACUUGGGAUGAUCCCCUCAUGAACAUGUCCCAGCAACUGGCCUAGACAGUCCUUCCACAGGGCUUCCGAGAUAGCCCGCACCUAUUCGGCCAGGCACUCGCCACUGACCUACUUCACUGCAACCUCAAGCCCUCUCACCUCCUCCAGUACAUAGAUGACCUUCUUAUCUGCUCCCCCACCCGCCAGGAGUGCAUCCAGGCCACCACCGCCCUACUCAAUUUCCUAGGAGAUAAGGGAUACCGGGUGUCACCAACCAAAGCACAAAUAGCCUCACCCACUGUCACCUACCUAGGCAUACAGCUCACACCUGGGCAACGGUCCAUCACAAUCGACCGACUACAAGCCUUAAAGGCACUCCAGGCCCUCGAGUCAGCAAAAGAAAUCCUCUCCUUCCUAGGACUGGUAGGUUUUUUCUGCCAUUGGGUACCUAAUUAUGCUUUGCUAGCAAAACCUCUAUACCAUGCUGCUGCAGAAGCCCCCGAGGGACCACUCUCCUCACCAGGUUCUGUCAACCGGGCAUUCAAGUCACUGCUUAGUGCCCUAUGUACUUCCACCAGCCUAGCCCUGCCUAAUCCCAACUUACCCUUCCAACUAUAUACAGACGAGAAACAACAUACAGCUGUAGGAGUGCUAGUCCAACCAGUAGGAAAGACCCUUCUGCCUAUAGCCUACCUGUCUAGACAACUUGACCCAACUGAGCGAGGAUGGCAGCCAUGUCUUAGAGCCCUAGCUGCAGCCGUCACCCUAACCACAGAAGCUCUUAAGAUCAAUCUACAACUCCCACUCCAAGUCUUUUCUCCACACAGGUUGACUGAACUGCUCAGUCAACACUCUCUGCCCCACCUCGGGCCCUCCCGUAUUCAACUGCUUCACCUACUGUUUAUUGAGAACCCCAACAUCACUCUUUCUCACUGCUCCUUGUUAAACCCAGCUACCCUCCUCCCUUGCCCUCCGUACUCCAGCCCCCUACAUUCCUGUACUGAAAUCCUCAAAUUAGCCCAGUCUCCUCGUCCCGACUUGCUACCUCAACCCCUACCAUCUGCCUCCAUUACCCUAUUCGUUGAUGGCAGCUCUAUACCUCAUCCCACCGGCCCACGGAGAGCGGCCUAUGCUGUAGUAACUCACUCUGAAAUUAUAGAGACCCGCCCCCUUCCUCUUGGGACCACUUCACAACAGGCUGAAUUAGUUGCCCUUACUCGGGCCCUAUCCUGGUCCCAGAACAAAGAAAUAAAUAUGUAUACUGACUUCAAGUAUGCCUUCCUCAUAGCUCACUCACACUGAAUGAUCUGGAAGGAACGAGGCUUCCUCACCACUAAGGGCACGCCCGUUCUCAAUGGAAAACUCAUUGCUGCUCUUAUUCAAGCCGUUCAACUCCCUAGCAAGGUAGCCAUCGUCCACUGUAAAGGGCAUCAGUCCCUGAACUCACCCAUAGCCGCAGGGAAUGCCUUUGCAGACAGGGUAGCUAAAGACACAGCAAGAAACCGUCCACCACCCACCUCCACUCUCUGUUUCUUGUCCAAGUCAUAUAGCCCUCAAUACUCUACCUCAGAACUCCAGGCCCUCCAGUCUACCCCCGGGGUACGGUUCAGGGAUGACUGGGCCUUCAAGCAUAACCUCCUCAUCCUCCCCGAAAAGCAAAAGUACCAGAUAAUCCAAGACAUGCACAAUUCACUCCACAUUGGGCCUAAAGCCCUAUACCGGUUCCUCAACCCACUUUUUCACCCUCACCAUCUCCUCAGUACCAUACAGGAAAUCCAGUCCUCAUGUACUGUCUGCGCAAAAACUAAUUCCCAGGGUUCCUGUCAUCCUCGGCGCCAGCUUCAUCAGCUACGUGGGUUCCUACCUGGCCAAGACUGGCAAAUUGAUUUCACCCAUAUGCCAAAGCACGAACAGUACCGGUAUCUGCUAACCAUUGUUGACACUUUUUCAGGCUGGAUUGAAGCUUACCCCACAGCCUCUGAGUCUGCCGGGACAGUAGCCACUCAUCUCAUUCAAGACAUCAUCCCACGCUUUGGACUCCCGGCUACCAUACAGUCAGACAACGGCCCAGCCUUUAUCUCCAAAGUCAUUAAUGCCGUUCCUACCUCUCUAGGAAUUCAGUGGAAGCUACACGCCGCCUACCAUCCUCAGUCCUCUGGUAAGGUGGAACGGGCCAAUGGCCUAAUAAAGGAGCAUCUGACCAAACUCAUGCUUGAGCUCCACCAAUCCUGGGUAACCUUGCUUCCUAUUGCCCUCACCAGGUUGAGAGCAAGCCCCCGGGGCCCAUCACAGCUUAGCCUGUUUGAGCUGCUGUACGGUCGCCCCUUCCUACUUUCAACUCCCCCACCACCAGAGACCACUCCUCUAGACAGCUACCUCCCCUACUUUACUCUCCUUCGCAGCCUUCUCCGAGAACACGCCAACACUUCUCUUCCCCAACCCACCAAGCCAUCUGAAAAUACACAGAAAGUCUCCCCCGGGGACUCAGUUCUUAUCAGGACCCUCUCCCCAAAGCCCCUCGCCCCCAAGUGGGAAGGACCAUACACAGUCCUCCUUACCACUCCAUCAGCUAUAAGAGUUGCUGAAAUCCCAUCUUGGGUCCACCUGUCUCAGGUAAAAAAGGCCCCUCAUGGACCCUCCCUAUGCUGGAAGGCUGUUCCUACUGGCCUUUUAUCUGUCAAACUUACCAGGGCCUAGCAGCCACACCCCCUACAGAUGGAGAUUUUUCCUAACUGAAAACUAUACCAAAACCACCUUCAUCUGUAAUACCCCCCCAUACAGCCACAACCAUCUUCUUGCAACUUCUGACUGCCUCGCAGCCGGAUGCCAAAGGGCCAUAUAUCUGAACUUCACCAAAUUCCACAUCAUCCAUAUUAAUAUACCUCUCAUGUGCUUCAACCAUGACCAACCAUCAGGUGCAUGCAAUAAUACUCCUUGGCGCUCCUGCAUGGGAUGUACUUGGAUGAACUGUCGACUACAUAUAGCCAUCAAGUCCACAGUACCUGCCCGAUCUCAGCUCAAAAUCAUCCCAGACAUAGAUGGAGAAGGAAACACCAUUAUCGGUUCUACACGGUAUUCCAUUCUCAUACCUGACCCCUGGGACAACCGGUGGAAAAGCCCCCAGAAAGCUGCCGUGUAUGACCACAUAGAUACCAAAUAUCCCUCUUCCCACCUGUACAUCUGGGGGACAUACAUACGUACAGUCCACCAAGUCCACUCUGAUAUUAGCCUACAAGAAAAAUCUCUGAAUGACCAAUUACAACCACAUUCGUCUCCGUUUUCCUGGUUAACUUUUCUCCAAGAAGGAAUCAAGUUAGCUAACCUCUCAGGACUAACUGACCUAACCUCAUGCCUCAUGUGUGCCUUCUUAGGACAGACUCCCUUCGUUGCAGUCCCUUACCCCAUCCCUCUCAACCUUUCAGCCUCAACUUCUUCCUUCUCCCCCAUCAGGGAUGUCGAUCUCUACACUCCACCUGAUUUUGAACAGCUACCUGUGUGCUAUUCCCUAGGCCGAAACUUCCCUAGCUGUAACAGAACUAUACGGGUAACCACCAAUAUAACAGCCCCACGAGGAACAUUUUUUUGGUGUAACAGGACCUUAACAAAAACUCUCUACAUCGGUCUUUCCUCAUCUCUUUUAUGCCUCCCAGUAACCCUAGUCCCUCGACUCACUAUAUAUUCUUCAGCCGAAUUCCAGAUGCUGCAAGCUCCCCAUUGCCGCACCCGACGAGCUGCCUUCCUACCCAUUGCCGUUUGAGUCUCCCUUGCUGGUUCAGCACUUGCAGCAGGAUUAGGGGGAGGGGCACUAGUCCACUCUCACCUGGCCAUAGCCCGACUGACCUCACAACUCCAAGCAGCUAUUGAUGACUCUACUGAGUCUUUAGCAUCACUCCAACGACAGAUCACCUCAGUUGCCCAAGUUGCCUUGCAGAACCAAAGAGCCCUGGACCUGCUCACUGCUGAACGAGGAGGGACCUGUAUCUUCCUACAAGAAGAGUGCUGUUACUACAUCAAUGAAUCCGGCCUAGUAGAAACCCAAAUCGAGAGCCUCCAGAAACUCAAAACUAACCUGCAGAGUCAGAAGUUCUCGGCUGAAGCCACAGCAUGUUUAUACAGCAGCGCUUUCAAGAACUGACUCGAGUCACCAUCCACCAGAUGCUGCUCCAACCCUGCCCUGAACGAGUGCAAGAAACAGACCUCUCCCUGAACAUCCAGGCUCCUUAAGAAAAGAGACCUCUUCAGAACCCCCCGUCGACCCUUGUCAGCAGGAAGUAGCCAGAGAGACAACCGAUGCCCCUGACCCCUCUUUUUCUUUUCUUUAAGGAGUCGGGAAUGUUUGGAAAACUCUGCCUCUACCGUGAAAGCUCUCUCUCUCUCUCUUCCCCCCCCCACAAAGAGGCUCUCCUAUCUUUACAUACCGCCCUGGCCUUCCCGCCGCCGCAGCCACCUCCCGCCACUUCUGCCUUAUCAGCACUCCCCAGCUCCCCUCCCGCCGCUUCUGCCUCAUCAGCCCUCCCCAGUUUCCCGCCGCCCGGUUUCUGCCUCAUCAGCUCUCCCCGGCUUCCCGCCGCCUGGCUUCCCGCCUAGCAGUUCAAACUGGCCAACAGUUGCCCACCACCUCAGCCCCCAACUUUUCCACUCCUCCAGCUCUUCUACCCCUAUAAAACAACCCUGCCCCUCUGAGCGGGGUGGCCAUUUUUCCUUUUCAUCCCGGCUGGCAUGCCCGGAGGCUCUUUUCUCUCAAUAAAGCCUGAACUUAAGAACUUUCUUCUUGCCUGCAGUCCGGUUUUUUCCGAACGAGCUCAGUCUUCCCGCAGAGGGUAGGUCGGACAGAUAUAAAAUAUAGUUCUGUGGCUGUAAAUGUUAUAUUUUAAAAGUCUGUAGGAAGAUCAGUACAGAAAUACAGUUUUUUCUUGGGAGUGAUUCAUUGGACAGAUAAAUUGGCUUGCUAGGAUUAUAAGAGACAGUAGUCAGGCUGUUAAGAUUAGAAGGAGUGAUGUCAGUGGGUCAGAAGAGAAGAUUAAUGAGAAGUUGGAUGAGUUAUUGUUGAAUUUAUUAAAAAAUAGUAGGCUGAUGAAUCUUACACAAUGAAUCUGCUACUCCGUAGAUGAUGAGUAGACUGUGGGUAACCAUGUGGAUUCAGAUUAUAGAAAUUUUAGAGCAUCAUGUCAUUGGUAAUAGUAUAAUUAUUGGAAUAACAGAUUUUAGCAUUGAAGUAAUUUAGAUUUUGUACAUAAUCUAGGCCAUAUAUAUUGGAUAUUGAAACUAGUAAUGUGAGGCCCACUGCAACCUCACAGGCAGCAAAUACUAGGAAGGCAAUGGGUAUUAUGGAUGCUAGAGUGAAAUGUGUGUUUAAAGUUAUAAGAGUAUUUGUGAUAAACAUUGAUAGUAUUAUGCCUUCUAGGCAUAGCAGGGAUGAUAUUAGGUGGGAUCGAUAGACUGAUACUCCUAGCAAUGAUAUGGUAUAUGCUAAUGUUGAUAGAAAUAGAAGGCAUUUGAUAAUUAUGGUCUACCUUAAUCUAAUGAGUCAAAAUCACUUAUUUUGACUUACUAUUCAAUUCAGUCUAAUUUUUCUUGGGCUUAUUCACAGGUCAAGUCUAGGAUUAAAAUGGUCACCAGUAUAAGAGCUGUACUGAUUAUUAGUUUUAGGUUGAUUGUUUAAAGGGCUCAUGGCAGAGGCAGUAGUAGAGCAAUUUCUAAGUCAAAGAGUAGGAACGUGAUGUCCACUAGAAAGAAUUUCAUGGAAAAGGCCGGGCGGGCAGAGGCUAUUGGGUCAAAUCUGCAUUCAUAGGGGUUGGAUUUUUCUACACAGAUAUUCAAUUGUGGGAGUCAAAAUGCAAUUAUUAGUAAGAAGGCCAGUAAGGUAUUGGUCACCAGGGCUAGUGUUAGGUUAAUUACUCUCUUUAGGGCAUUACUGAGGCUAAUUGACUGAAAGUCAGUGGCAGUGUUUAUACCAAAAGAGUAUGACCCUCAUCAAUAGAUAGAGACAUAGAAGAAUAGUCAUACUACAUCUACGAAGUGUCAAUAUCCGGCAGCAGCUUCAAAAGCAAAGUGGUUGAUCUGUAAAGUGGAAUUUUAAUUGGUGGAGGAGGCAGAUAGUGAGAAAUGUUGAUCCAAUAAUGUGACGUCCAUGAAAGCCUGUGGCUAUAAAGAAUGUGCAGCUGUUGAUCCCCUCAGAGAUAGUAAAGGGGGCCUCAAAAUAUUCUGAGGUUUGUCAGAGGACAAAGUGAUUGAUAAUGCUUGAAAUAUUUGUUUUCGAUUACCUUCUGUUAAGCUGUGGUGGACUCAAAUAAUUGAAACUUCUGAUGGGAGUAAUACAGAUGUAUUUAAGAGGGGAACUUGUAAGGGGUUGAGGGGAAAAGUUCCUGUUGGGGGUCAAUACCCUCCGAAUUUUUGAGUCAGGACUAGACUAAAGAGGUAGAAUGCUCAGAAGAAGCCAGCAAAAAAGAAUACUUCUCAGAUAAUAAAUAGAGUUAUUCCAUAUUGGAGGCCUUUUUAGAUGAUGAAUGUGUGGUGGCCUUGGAAUGUACUUUCUCGGAUAAUGUCACGUCAUCAUUGGUAUAUUGUCAGUGUGUUGGUCAGUCAGCCUAGGGUUAAAAGGGUGAUAGAGUUAAAGUGAAAUCACAUGGCCAGACCAGAUGUUAUUAGGAGGGCUGAGAGAGCUCCUGUUAGUGGUGAGAGACUGGGGUCCACUAUACAGUAGGCAUGUGUUUGGUACCUCAUUAUGUAUUUUUGUGUAAGUAAAGGCUUACUAGUAGUGUAAAAACAUAAGCCUGAAUAAGGGUUACAGUGAAUUUGAGAAUGGUUAGUAGGAUUAGAAUAAUGAAAGUGACUGAAACUGUGGGAAAACUGAUGGUUGAUAGUACUGUUGUGGCUUCUCCAAUUAAACGCAUUAGUAGGUGUCUGGCUGUAAUAUUGGCAGUUAAUCACAUAUCUAGUAUCAUUGGUUGAAUGAGCAGGCUAAUAGUUUCAGUGAUCCCUAACAUAGGGAUAAGUGGAAUGGCUGUGCCUUGUGGCAGAAGGAGAGCUCAGGAAGCUUUUGUCUUAAAGCAGAAGGCUGUAAUUACUGCGCCAGCUCGUAGGGGGAUUGCUAUCCCUAGAUUUAUUGAUACUUGGGUAGUUGGUAUAGAUGAAUGGGGUAGGAGCCUGAGGAGGUUGGUCAAAGCAGUAAAGAAAAUUAGGGAGAUCAGUAUAAGGGAUCAGUUUUGCCCUUUAACAUUAUGAAUUAUUUUAGUACAAGUUGGAUUAGUUAUUGUUGAAUGGAAGUUAACCGGUUACUGAUUAAAUGACUAGAGGUUGGAAAUAGUAUGGUGGGGAAUAAAAUGAUUAAUAUUACUGUGGGUAGGCUUAGAAUUUUGGGGAUAAUAAAAGAGGUGAAUAGAUUCUUUUUUGUUCAUUUUAAUUCUCAGGGGGUUUAUGUUUUUGCAUUUUUAUUGUGUUUGGUGCAGGAGGUAUGUAAUAAAUGAAAUUUGGUAAUUUACUGAAUAAUGAAAAAUAAAGUUACAAUUAUUGGCAGGAUGACAGUGGCUCAUGUGGAAGCAUCUAGUUGAGGCAUUCACUGCAAAGAGUUGCAGAUCCCCUCAGCCUUUAACUUAAAAGGUAUCUAAUGCUAGAUUAGCUUAAUAGUGAUGUUAUAGUGUAGACGUGGAUCAGGUUUCACCCCAUUCUCAGGGAGUGAAUUCUAGAACAGUAAGUAUAAAACUGGUUAAAUCCACAAAUUUUUGAGUAUUGUCCAUAGUAAAGGCCUGGUUGUAUGGCGGUUAAGGUAGUUUGAUUUAAGCGUCCAGGGACUGCAUCUGUUUUGAGGCCUAAUGAGGAGAUAGUUCAUGAGUGCAGGACAUUUCAGAUGAGAUUAAUAUGUGGAAAGGGAUUUCUAAUGAGAGGAUUGUUAGGUUAUCAACUUCGAUGAGUUGAAGUUCUCCUGGCUUGAAGUCUGCUGUUGGAAUUAUGUAAGUAUCGAAGCCUAACUCUUCGUAGUCAGUGUACUCAUGACUUCAAUAUCGUUGGUGGCCAAUUGCUUUGACAGUGAGAGAAGAGUUGUCAAUCUCAUCAGUUAUGUACAGAAUAUGUAGAUAUGGAAGGGCAAGUAAAAUUAGGGUAAUGGCGGGAAAAAUAGUUUAUACAGUCUCAAUUUCUUGGCAUUGAUGUGCUAGUAUGAGUUUUGUUGUCAGUAUCAGGGAGAUAAUAUGUAGGACCAGGGAACUAAUUACGAAAAUAAGUAUAAGAGCAUAGUCAUAGAAGAUCAGUAGUUCUACAGUAGGGGAUGUAGCAUGUUGAAGACCUAAUUGAAUUGGAUGAGCCAUUAAAACAUAUAGAAUUUAACCUAUAAAUUAACCUUGACAAAGCUAUGUAAUAAUUUGACUAGUAUCUUCUCGAGAGAGUCAUAGAGGUUAUGGAAUUGGCUUGAAAUCAGUUUCUGGGGCUUUGAUUCCUUUCGUGUUUAGGCUUUCAUGUGGGUUAGCUCCUCAAAUAUGUGGUAAGGUGAUGGGCAGCCGUAAAGCCACUCUAAAUAAGUGGAUGGCUGUUCAAUUGUUAGUACUUCUCAUUCUGAAGCAAAGACUUCUCAGAUUAUAAAGAUUAUUAGUGUAACUGCUGUUCGUGAGAUAAAUGAGCUUACAGAUGAGAUAUUUCACACAGCGUAUGCAUCAGGGUAAUUGGAGUAAUGUUGAAUCAUACCGUAUAGGCUGAGGAAAUGCUGUAGAAAGAACGUUAAAUUAACACCUAUGAAAUGGUGAAGUGGAUUUUAGCAUAUAUCUGAUUAAGUAUAUAGCCUGAAAAUAGAGGGAAUCAGUAGAUAAAGCCUUCUAUGAUUGUAAACACUGCUGCUAUUGAUAGGAUGUAGUGGAAAUGGGCUACAAGAUAAUACGUGUCAUGUAAGAUAAUGUCUAGUGAUGAGUUAGCUAAUACGAUGCCCAUUAAACUCCCUACGGUGAAAAGGAAAAUGAAUACCAGGGCUCAGAAUGUUGUAGGGGAUCAUUCGAUGUUACCACCACGCAGGGUAGCUAAUGAGCUAAAGACCUUAACGCCAGUGGGAAUAGCAAUAAUUAUGGUAGCAGAUGUCAAGUAUACUUGUGUGUCUGCGUCUGUCCCUGCUGUAAAUAUAUGAUGAGCCCAUAUGAUAAACCCUAAGAAGCCAACUGAUACCAUGGCUCAUACUAUACCCAUGUAACCAAAUGGUUCUUGUUUUCCAGAAUAGUAUGUUACAAUAUGAGUGAUUAUUCCGAAGCCUGGCAGGAUAAGGAUAUAGACUUCAGGGUGACCAAAAAAAUCAGAAUAAAUGCUGGUACAAGAUAGGGUCACCCCCGCCAGCAGAGGCAAACAAAUUAGUGUUGAGGUUAAGGUCAGUUAGUAGCAUAGUAAUGCUGGUGGCUAGGACAGGGAGGGAAAGGAGGAGAAGGACUGCCGUAAUGAGGACUGAUCAGGGAAAAAGUGAUGUUUGAUAUUGGGACAUAGCUGUGGGGUUUAUGUUAAUAAUUAUGGUAAUAAAGUUAAUGGCUCCUAAAAUAGAGGAGAGGCCUACCAAGUGGAGCAAGAAGAUGGUUAUAUCCACAGAGACUCCUGCAUGCGCUAGGUUUCCUGCUAAAGCAGGGGGAGAUAAACUGUUAACCGGUUCCAGCACCUGCCUCUACUAUUAAGGAUACAAGUAGGAGCAGAGAGAAUGGGGGGAGAAGUCAGAAGCUUAUAUUAUUUAUUCGAGGGGUAUGCCAUGUCAGGCAUACCAGUUAUUAGAGGGACAAGCCAGUUGCCAAAACCCCCAUUUAUAAUUGGUAUUACUAUGAAGAAGAUUAUAACAAAUUCAUGGGCAGUAACAAUAACAAUGGAGAUCUGAUCAUCUUCUAGCAGAGUCCCUGGCUGGCCUAGUUCUGCUCAAAUUAGGAGGCUCAAAGCGGUGCCUACCAUCCCUGCUCAUGCACCGAAUGGCAGAUAUAGAUAGGGUUCCCUUGUCUUUGUGGUUGGUUGA